CAGCGGCCGGGCGCCAGGGCGGGGGUGGAGUGUAGGGUUACAGCGUCGGGCUGGGGCGACCCUUCCCAGCCUGCGCGCGGGAGCGGGGAGCGCGGGCGGCUGCUGGCGCGCGCGGGACUCUCUAGGACCCAGCAGCGGUAGUGCGGUUUGGGGCUGGAGGUGAAACCCUGGCAUUUCCUUCCUUCCUGUGUGAAUGGGGCUGAUUGUCGGGCGCCAGCCACUUCCCCGCGCUGCCCCAAGCCAUGCCCAGCGCGCUGCCCGGCAGCCGCUUUCUCCAGCCACGGGACUGAACUAGCCAUGGUCGCCUCAUGAGGAGGGCAGAAUUGCGCCGGGGAACUUGUGAGCCUGCGGUGAAAGCUCUCUCCACUGGUUGUUACAGUCCCAGUAGUCCUGUCCAGAUUCUAGAAGGUUCCAACUACUUUUUUCCAGACUUUCAGCUCUAUUCUGGAAAGCAUGAAGCAUCUGCUUUAACAGUGGAGACCAACAGUAGCAUCAGGGAAAAAGUUGUUGAAGAUCCUCUCUAUAACUUCCACUCCCCGAACUUCCUGAGGGUCUCAGAGGUGGAAAUGAGAGGUUCCGAGGAUGCAGCAGCUGGAACAGUGUUACAGCGGCUGAUCCAGGAACAACUGCGAUAUGGCACCCCGACCGAGAACAUGAACUUGCUGGCCAUUCAGCACCAGGCCACGGGGAGUGCAGGACCAGCCCACCCUCCAAACGGCUUUUCUUCCACAGAAAACCUCACCCAAGAAGACCCACAAAUGGUCUACCAGUCAGCACGCCAGGAGCCGCAGGGUCAAGAGCACCAGGUGGACAACACCGUGAUGGAGAAACAGGUCCGAGCCUCUCAGCCUCAGCAGAACAACGAGGAGCUGCCCACUUACGAGGAGGCCAAAGCUCAGUCACAGUUCUUCAGGGGGCAGCAGCAGCAGCCACCGCCGCCACCUCCACAGCAGGCGGCUGUGGGUCAUGCGUACUACAUGGCUGGGGGCACCAGUCAGAAGGCCCGCACAGAGGGCAGGCCCACAGUGAACCGGGCCAACAGUGGACAGGCCCACAAGGACGAGGCGCUGAAGGAACUGAAGCAGGGCCACGUCCGUUCUCUAAGUGAGAGAAUCAUGCAGCUGUCCCUGGAGAGGAAUGGGGCCAAGCAGCAUCUCCCUGGCUCAGGGAGUGCAAAGGGGUUCAAGGCAGGGGGAGGACCCUCUCCUGCCCCACCAGCUGGCAAAGUGCUGGACCCUCGAGGUCCACCGCCAGAAUACCCCUUUAAGACCAAGCCCAUGAUGUCUCCGGUCACCAAGAACCAGGACCAUGGACUUUUCUACAGUGACCAGCAUCCUGGGGUGCUGCAUGAGAUGGUCAAGCCGUACCCUACGCCACAGCCUGCAAGGACGGAAGUGGCUGUGCUGAGGUACCAGCCGCCGCCGGAGUACGGGGUGACCAGCCGCCCCUGCCAACUUCCCUUCCCAUCGACAGUGCAACAGCACAGCCCAAUGUCCUCCCAGACCUCCUCCGUCAGUGGGCCACUGCACUCUGUCUCCUUGCCACUUCCACUUCCAAUGACCCUGGCACUGCCACAGCCCCCACCUGCUGCUUCUCCCAGCCAGCAGCUUGGUCCAGACGCCUUCGCAAUUGUGGAGCGAGCUCAGCAAAUGGUGGAGAUCCUCACCGAGGAGAACCGGGUGCUUCACCAGGAGCUUCAAGGUUACUAUGACAAUGCUGACAAACUCCACAAGUUUGAAAAAGAACUUCAGAGGAUUUCAGAAGCCUAUGAGAGUCUGGUCAAGUCUACCACCAAACGAGAGUCACUGGACAAGGCAAUGAGAAACAAACUGGAAGGCGAAAUUAGAAGACUUCAUGAUUUCAACAGGGAUCUACGAGACCGACUGGAGACUGCCAACAGGCAACUUUCCAGCAGGGACUACGAUGGGCAUGAAGACAAAGCCACAGAGGGGCAUUACGCUUCCCAGAACAAAGAAUUCUUGAAGGAAAAAGAGAAAUUAGAAAUGGAGUUAGCAGCAGUACGGACUGCGAGUGAGGAUCACCGGAGACACAUUGAGAUCCUGGACCAGGCUUUGAGCAACGCCCAGGCCAGGGUCAUCAAGCUGGAAGAGGAGUUACGAGAAAAGCAAGCCUAUGUUGAGAAAGUUGAGAAGUUGCAGCAGGCCCUGACCCAGCUGCAGUCUGCGUGUGAGAAGCGAGAGCAGAUGGAGCGGAGGCUGCGGACCUGGCUGGAGCGAGAGCUGGAUGCACUGAGAACCCAGCAGAAACAUGGAAGUGGCCAGCCAGCCAACAUGCCAGAGUAUAAUGCUCCAGCCCUCAUGGAACUUGUGCGGGAGAAGGAGGAGCGGAUCCUGGCCCUGGAGGCUGACAUGACGAAGUGGGAGCAAAAGUACCUGGAGGAGAGCACCAUUCGACACUUCGCCAUGAAUGCUGCAGCCACUGCUGCAGCCGAGAGAGACACCACGAUCAUCAACCACUCUCGGAAUGGCAGCUACGGAGAGAGCUCCCUGGAGGCUCACAUCUGGCAGGAGGAAGAAGAGGUGGCACAGGCCAACAGGAGGUGCCAAGACAUGGAAUACACUAUUAAAAACCUGCAUGCCAAAAUCAUAGAGAAGGACGCCAUGAUUAAAGUCCUGCAGCAGCGAUCCCGGAAAGAUGCUGGGAAGGCAGACUCCUCAAGCCUGCGGCCUGCUCGCUCAGUCCCAUCCAUCGCAGCUGCCACCGGGACACAUUCCCGGCAGACCUCACUGACCAGCAGCCAGCUGGCAGAGGAGAAGAAGGAAGAGAAGACCUGGAAGGGGAGCAUAGGGUUGCUGCUGGGGAAAGAGCAUCAUGAACACGCCUCGGCCCCCCUGCUGCCGACUCCCCCAUCCUCAGCACUGGCCCCAACAGCCUCCACCACUUCAGCCAGCAGUGCGCAUGCCAAGACGGGCAGCAAGGACAGCAGCACCCAGACGGACAAGAGCACUGAACUCCUCUGGCCCAACAUGGCCUCCCUCCCCAGCCGCAGCAGGCUGAGCAACACCCCUUCCAACAGCCCUGUCCUGAAACACCCCGCGGCCAAAGGGGUGGCGGAGAAACUGGACACCUCUCCUGGCCACGGGAAGUCACCAGACCACAGGGGCCGCGUCAGCAGUUUGCUGCACAGGCCCGAGCUACCUGACGCAGAGAUGAUGGAAGUGCUCAUCUAACUCUGCCAUCCGCAGUAGCUUCCUGACGGAACCCUGAUGGGCAAGGAGCAUGGCAGAGAGGAGAAGAAAGCUCAAGAAGGUUGUGGAUGGGAAAUCAUGAAUGGUGCGAACUUAGAAGAGAUGGGAAUGCUUUUGAUAAAGGAUAGGAACAAAAAUAAGAGACCUCCAUGACUGAAGAUGGAAGAGAAUGCCACAGAUUUUUAUUACAUGUAGAGCAAGAUAGAAAACGCAUGUAGGUUUGGAAACAAAGUUAAGUAGAAAUAGGAAGUGGAAUUUUUCUUUGCACAGAAAAUGUAUCUCUGGUUAUAAACAGACAAACCUGAACAUGGAUCUUCCUAGGAAUAACCCCGUUCUCCUUGCCUCUGGCGUGUUUGGUUUAAGAACCUCUUAGAAAUCCCUGGAGCCAUCUCGGUGAACUACAGUGCUGCUCGUACUGCCCAUGGGGUGUGCUGUAGGAAUGAGUGUUGUGAGAAGCAGCAGCCAGGGAUGAGGGGAACUUGAAAGGUGGGAUCCACCUCGUUAGCUGUCUGGCUUGGAUUUCCAGGAGGUUGUGAGGAUUCUCUGCUUUUUUGGAUUCGACAGUAUUUUCUAAACAGGAUGGACGUGUUGGGAUCUUAGGCCUCUACUUCCCUGACUCCUCUGAGUUCAUCUCUGUCUCAACUCUGUCAUUUUACAUUUGUUUUUGUUUCCAGCAUUUUAUUUUCUUUGUAAUCAGACUUGGCAGAAUUUCUUAGGUCUGGGAUUUAUAAGGGGCAGUUUUUGAAGUGUAAUCAGCCCUGCUGUGUUCAUCCGUGGCCUGUAACCAGGAGUGACAAAGCCAGAUGCUGGCUUCCUGGCUGUUUCUCUGCUUUGCAUUAAUUGCAUCCUGACUAUGUGCUAGGUAGGCCCUGAUGAGGCAGAAGGGUCCAUGGCUCCCUCGGGAACAUCUUGCAUUGACAUUAUGGCCCUGGCCUUGUGAAUGCUCAAGCCAGCUUUGUAGUGAGGAACACAAAAUCGCCAUAAUUUUGUUCUGUAAGAGUAGAAGUUUCAGGACAGCACCCCAGGAAAUGGCUGAGGGUUUGCCAACAGUUUUGUUUUGGUGCAUCCAGAAUCAUGCACCCCUGUGACACUUUAUCCAUGUCUCA